GUGCGGGGGAUCUCACUGGUGAUCCUUUCGGUUACGUCACUGGCGUGUUGGCGGUCAUCAUCCAUGCCUCCUACCUGGUCGUGAUCCAGAAAACCAGUCUGGACAGUGAAUACGGGCCGCUUACGGCGCAGUACGCCAUCGCCGUCAUGGCCUCUCCGGUCCUCCUGGUGUGCUCCAUCAUCUCCUUGGACACCAUCAACAUGUGGUCAUACGAGGGCUGGAAGGACCCCCACAUCACUGUCAUCUUCAUCAUCUGUGUCUUCAUCGGCUGUGCCAUGAACUUCACCACACUCCACUGCACCUACAUCAACUCCGCCGUCACCACCAGCUUUGUUGGUGUGGUCAAGAGCAUUGCCACCAUCACCGUUGGCAUGCUGGCGUUCAGUGAUGUUGCACCAACCGGGCUGUUCAUUGGCGGCGUGGUGGUCAACACCGUUGGCUCCAUCAUCUACUGCGUGGUCAAAUACUUCGAGACGAAGAAGAAGAGCUUGUACGAGGACCUGGAGGAGGCUGGGAAGGAUGGCGAGCUACCUGGCGAGCCGUAUCAAGAGAAACCGCCGCUGAAUGGUGAUGGACCUGUGGAUGGUGCCGGGUCUGAUCCGGGAAAUCCGGAAAUAGAGGGAGUGUUGAGCAGAGACGGGAAGGAGGAGGCGGCACCGGCCAGUUUGGCUAAUGGAGAAGUGUGGACAUCAGAGGCGGGUGUGAAUUCUUGUGUCAUGACGGAAAAAGAGGUGCUGGAGAUGCAGAGGGAGCACCUCCAAAAGGAGAACACCACCUCCAGUCAGUCUGUUAGUGACAGCUAUGUCGGGGUGUGGAGGUCCGUGAGACAUCUGCAGUUCAUGAAGAAAGAGCCUUUGAUUGAUAACAUGGAGCAGCAGAGUCCGUAAGGGUGGGACAGAGACCUGGACAGACUAUAAAAAUCAAACUGGGAACGAAUUAGAGGAUAAAAAAGUUUCUAAGAAACCAGAGACGGGCAGAAUUAAAAAAACGACAGACUACAGCUCUGCAUCCACCGGGAACCUCUUUGGUUAGCAGUGAACAGAUGCUUGUUGGAAACAUGUUUGCUCCUGUUGCUGCGAUACCUCAGUGAAACCUUUGUGCUAAAAGUUCAAUUUCAUCACACAAGGCUUUAAAUACAAAGCUUUACUAAAAGCAAGAAACACAAAGUCUUUCUCUGUGUUUAUGAGGAUAAAGAAGAAGUUCCUGGUGGAGAAAAGUGGAUGAAGAGUUUUGGGAGAAGCUGCCUGUCGGGGAUAAAUUCUGCCUCUCAGCUCGUAAAGCUCGGUGGCGUGCAGCGGAAGCCAGGCUAGCCACGGUGUAGCAUGAUUUGGUUUGCGUCCCUACCGAUUAGCCAGCUAGCCAAACAAAAGCAGGUCUUGUGAAAAAAGAGUGCAUCUUGUGCAGACAAGUUUCUGUUUUGUUGUAUGAAACCUGGGUGAAUUUUUCUUUCUGAUGGAGAGAAUUAAAACCUUUACAUGUGCAUCAGAUCACUUGUAAAAGCAUGCACCGACCACAAAAUGUUAACUAUGGCUCUGUCACACUGGGUUUGUUUGUUUGAGUCUGAAUAUGAUUGUUUGUUUGCCUCUCUCGAACCCUGCAGGUCCAGUCACUUGUUUACUGUUGGUUUAUAGACAGAAAUAAAUAUGUCAACGUAUCAAGGGGAAAUUAAGUAAAAAAUAAUAAUGUGGCAUCAUGUUGCGUUUCAAUUGUGCUCAUACAUCAGUGAUAUAUUAUUUGUUUGUUCCUGUUUCCUUCCUAACAUUGCAGUUGUGGCGCUAAUAAAGCUAUGGUCACACAGUGGCACUGCAAAAUUCAUCCAUACAAAAUAGGAUAAGUGACAAUAGGUCAAAAGACAAAAAUUUUUCAAAAGAGAAUUAAAAAAAAAUCUAUUUAAUUUUGAUUCUGUGCCGAAGUUCGGUAACCAAACCUAAUGCACAUCAUAUCCUUCUGAGUGUGGCUCUUCAGGCUGCAAUAAUCAAUCCCAAAAGGAGUUAAAUUAUGGUUUUAAAAUGAUUUUAAAUCGAGAAAUAGCA